AUGGUGAUCCGUGUGUAUAUUGCAUCUUCCUCUGGCUCCAUGGCGAUUAAGAAAAAACAGCAAGAUGUGCUUGGUUUCUUAGAGGCUAACAAAAUAGGAUUUGAAGAAAAAGAUAUUGCAGCCAAUGAAGAGAAUCGGAAGUGGAUGAGAGAAAAUGUACCUGAAAACAAUCGACCAGCCACAGGAUAUCCCCUGCCACCUCAGAUUUUCAAUGAAAGCCAGUACCGCGGGGAUUAUGAUGCCUUCUUUGAAGCCAGAGAAAAUAAUGCAGUGUAUGCCUUUUUAGGCUUGACAGCCCCACCUGGUUCAAAGGAAGCAGAAGCUCAGGCAAAGCAGCAAGCAUGA